AUGGCUAUCUUGAGAGACCCCACGCUCGACCUUUUUGGUUGUGGAAACAGCAGCAUGAGCGGCGACAUGUACAGGGCCGGCUACCACGCCAUCACCAAUAUCGAUUACUCCUGGGUGUGCAUCAGUAAUAUGAGUGCCAGGUACAGCGACUGUCCCAGCAUGACCUGGAAGCAGAUGGACGUUCGGCAGCUCGCCUUCUCCGACGCCUCGUUUGAUGUCAUCCUGGAGAAGGCCACUCUGGAUGCCAUCAUGGUGGAGGAGAAAACACCUUGGGAAGUGUCACCUGAAAGUGCCUGCUUCAUUCACCAAGCUCUGAUGGAGCACGGUCCCAGUCAGUGGGACGUUAUAGCUGAUGAAGAAAGCAAGAAAAGCAUUGUCCAGAGGCUAAAACCCUUGGUUCACCAGCAGUCAGGUCACAUUUUCUGCACCGAGGGAGGGGGCAGCAGUUUCAGCAGAGUGAAAGUAGAGCACUGGAGCACACGUGAGGGAUGGAGAACAUGGGAGACGGCAGUUCAGGCUGCGCAUGCGACAAAUCAGAGAGCAAAACAGGGCUUCACCAAAGUGGACCCGAGGAAAGAGAUGUUGGCCAAUGGAACAUGGAUUGAAAUGAGCGGUGGAGUGUGGAUCCACGUGCAGAAAGUUGACCAGGCAGACCGGUGCCGCAUCAAACUGCUUCAUAACAACGCAAGAGCAUACGCUGCUGUCGACUGCUCCCCUCUGCUGCGUUCACAUUAUGUGUUUGGGACAGUACCCUUCACUUUUGAAAGGAGCAGGAACUCCUACGGUAUUCAGAAAAGCAGAUGA